GGGUGGGAGCGAGAGAGCCGAUUGGCUGUCGCCUAGGUGUUUUCUGUCUCUAUGGUUUUCUGGGGCGGAAGCGUAUUAGAAACAUGGCUACCGUAGCUUCUUUAUCUGGUUCUGUCAAGGGCUGGGGGAAGCUUUCCUAUAUCUUUGCCGCAGUAGGGAAGAAUAGUAGUAGCGCCUUUGGAGCAGUCGCAUCAUGGAGACGGCAGUGUAGUUCACACAGUGAACAGGUAUCCAGUAAACCAAAUAUGCCUGAAACAAUGGAUAAUCCCUAUAAGGAGCCUCCUAAAAAAUGCACCUUGUGCGGGAUACAUGUUAAUUACAAGAAUAUUCAGCUUUUGUCUCAGUUUGUUUCACCGUAUACAGGUCACAUUCUUGGUAUGCAUAUAACAGGCUUAUGUCCAAAGAAACAGAAGGAGAUCUCAAAAGCAAUUAAAAGAGCUCACUGUAUUGGAUUUAUGCCAGUUACAUAUAAGGACCCAACAUUCCUCAGUGAUCCUAAAGUAUGUGAUAUUAGAUAUCCAGAAUGAAUUAUGUUUUGUACUUGACGAAGUUGUAAUUGGUGUGUGCUUAAUACUAAUAAAAAAAUAAAUAUACAGACA